UAUGAAAUAAGAUAAAAAAAAGUAAACUCUUCUUCAAAAUCCCAAAAAUUAAAGUAAAGGUCCAAAACAAUAAGUCACUUAGAAACUUCCAGAUGAUAUGGUAACUUAUAUUUUAUGAUAUAAAAAUAAUAAUAGGAAUCAGAAAUUAGAGACUGUUUCAAUUUUUAUGAUCCAUCAAGAACAGGAUUCAUCAAUCGUUAAAAUAUGAGAUCAAUAUUGGGCAAUUUUGGUUUCAUUAAUAAAACAGUAAAAGACAUAGAAGAAGAAAUAAGAGAUGUUGUAGAAGAGUAUUAUAUCCUUUUAUUCUUAGAACUCGUGAUAGUUUUUCAUUAAAAGAUGUUAUUUAAUUAAUAUCUAGAAAGUGGUUUGAAAAUAAAGGAAGAGAUGAUGAAAUAGAUGAAAUUUAUGAAUUGUUUGUAAGAAAGUAAAAAUGAAAAUUAAAUUAAAGGGAUCGUAAAGUAGGAUUAUCAGAAAUAAAGAAUGUAUUUGCUUAAUAUUUGGAUAUUCAAAUAAGUGAUGCAGACAUUCUUGAAUUCAUUUAGGAUGCAAGUAAAGAUAAGGAUGGUUUGACAAAAGAAGAUAUUGCAGCUAAAAUGGGUUACAUCUGA